UCUGAUCCGUCAAAGGUUGGAAGUUGAGAAUUACGUUUCCAGAGAGAGAUGAGAUGACUAAUCCCACAGCUUCUUCUUCUCCUCCUCUUCCUCACUUUUGGCAUUGUCCUUGUAUACUGUCAUGACAUGAACAACUACGAAUCUUCUCCUCUUGAUUCCCUCACAAGAAACCUUCAUCUCAUUGAAGGCCUUCUUCCAGCUUCCCGGAGGAGGAUAUGUUCUCGUUCGUAGGUUUCGUGUUCCUCUCUGGAUUCUUCCUGGGAAUCAUCGCCAUCUUGGCUGCCGAAGCUGCGGGUUUGAUGUAUCUUCUGAACCGAUUGAAUCGGAAGAGAGAGUCAAAACCCGGUUCUGAUCCGUCAACUACUACUACCAAGGUGAUCAGCAAUUCUCGCGAGUCCAACGAUCUCUGUCUUAACAAACAGGGAACGAUCUGGAUACUGGAGUUGGAUGAAGGUCUUAAGAACUCGUUGAAGGAGAAGUUACCGAAGGAGCACAAGAGGAAGAGGAAUUUCUUGGAGGUUCAUCCAAUUCGCAAAUUCGCUCGGAUCAAAGAUCACAAACUCAUCUUAUCCGAGUCUGAUGGCACUCUCACUACUGUUUCUUUAAAAUGUUGCUCCGUUGAGACUGUUUCAGGCUCUGAUCUCCCUACAAGAAAAUGGGCCAAAAGGUAUCCUAUAAAAGUUGAAAGCAAGAUUUCUUCAGACAUAUACAAAGGAAACAAGGUGUUUUACAUCUAUCUAGAGACUUCUUGGGAAAAAGAAUCGUGGUGUAAAGCUCUUCGUCUCGCUUCUUGCGAGAAUCCGGAGAGGUUCAUUUGGUACUCCACCAAGUUGCAACAAGACUUCCGUAGUUACGUGACGUCUCUCAACGCUGCAUAUCCUUCUUUUAUGAAACCGUCUCUUGGGUUUAGUUUUGAGACGGUUGAUAAAGGGAACAGAACGGAUGGCUCUUCCUCGAAGGUUCGUUUGUUCUUGAGGAGAUUUUCAAGAAAGCGAUCAAAUCGUGACGACAGGAGAACCGUUCAACAUGGAAGUAGCUCAGUGAGGACCGUUCAACAUGGUAUCACUGAUGAAGCUGAUGUGCCUCUCUUUUCACGUUCUGUGAGCCAUACAAGUCAUUUCUCUGGGGUUUCAGAUGGAGACUCUGAAGAGAAGUUUGACGUGGAUGAAGGAACAUUGGCGUGGAACUUGCUGAUUUCCAGGCUUUUCUUCGAUCUCAAACGGAAAACAGGAGUGAAGGACUCAAUGCAAGCACGAAUCCAGAGGAUGUUAUCCAACAUGAGGACACCAAGCUACAUAGGCGAGCUAAUCUGCUCCGACGUUGACCUUGGAAACCUCCCACCUCAUAUACAUGGUACUCGGGUUCUUCCAAUGGAGAUGAAUGGCGUGUGGGCGUUCGAGCUAGAUAUUGAAUACUCUGGUGAAGCGGUGAUUGACGUUGAAACACGGGUUAACAUCCGUGAAGUGGAUCUUCAAAAAGGUAUAAACGACACAAUGCUGCACCCAACAAGUUCUGCUGGGGAAGAAGAAGUCUCGUCAAACGGUGUUGAAGAUUUUGACAAGCAAUUAGUCAUCCCUGUUGAUGCAGGAGAAGUUAAAAAUGAUGAUUCCAAUGGCUCAAAAGGAACCAAAGCAUCUCCAAAUGGUGUAUCUAGGUGGAAGUCUAUUCUUAAAAAUAUUGCUGAGCAAGUUUCCCAGGUGCCUAUCUCUUUGUCAAUACGGGUUUCUUCACUUAGAGGGACACUGCGUGUACACAUGAAGCCGCCUCCUUCUGAUCAGUUAUGGUUUGGAUUCACGAGCAUGCCCGAUAUACAAUUCGAUCUCGCUUCUUCUGUUGGGGAACACAAAAUCACCAACAGCCAUGUCGCUAUGUUCUUGAUCAACCGGUUUAAGACGGCAAUAAGAGAAGCAGUGGUUCUUCCAAACUGUGAAAGCCUAACGAUUCCUUGGAUGAUUGCUGAAAAAGAUGAUUGGGUUCAACGCAAGGCCGCUCCAUUCAUGUGGCCGAAUCAAGAAAGCGAUCACCAGGCAACAGAGGGGAGAUGUAAACCUGACAAGCCACCUACUUCUUCCUCCUGUGUUCAGUCUGAGCAAAUGCAGAAAACGGCAAACGCCACCCAGAAGCCGAUUAUUUCUGAUGAAGGUUCCUCCUGUGAUCAGUCUGAGCAAGUGCAUGAAGCUGCCAAUACCGUCCUGAAACAGCAUACAGAAGCAGAGGCUUUGUCCACGCCAUUGUCAAAUUCCUCAAAACCUGUAACAGUAGAGAGUGACAAGUCUCUUGACGAACUAAAAACUCCAUUGCUGCUAACCAGCAGCAGCGAGAAGCAGGAGACGAACUCGAGGGUCGGAACUGGAGAAGAUACUUUUGUUCAUUCACCAUCUAGGUCAGUGGUUUCAAGCGAAGAAGAUGAUUCUAGGGGAAAGAAACUAGGAAGGAGAGCAAGGAUGUUGAGUCUUGGGAAGAAAAUGGGAGAGAAGUUGGAGGAGAAGAGGCGUCACAUGGAAGAAAAGAGUAAACAGAUUGUUGAAAAGAUGAGAGGACCUUCCUAACAGGAAAACAAAGAAGCCUUUGCAGGUUUCAGAUACAGAAACUGAUUUAUAGAAACAGAGGAGAUUGCAUUGUUACAUGUACACAUGUACAGUACUUUGAGAGAGAAAACCAUCAUUGUUUCCAUUUUCUGGUGAAAUAUUUGAAAUCUUUAUUA